AUGCCAUCAAAGUCAACAAAAGAUUCAAAUGCUCCAAGAAAACCAUUAUCUGCUUAUAUGUUAUUUUCGGCUGAUGAACGACCGAAAUUAAAAGCAUCAGGUUUAGAUAAUUUUAUUGAAAUAAGUAAAGCAUUAGGUGCUGCAUGGAAACAAGCUGAUUCAAAAGCAAAAGCUCAUUAUGAAAAAGAACAUGAACGAGAAAAAAUUCGAUAUGAAAAUGAAUUAAAAGACUAUGAAAAAUCUGGUGAACCAGCUCCAUCAUCAAAAUCAGCUCAAAAAAGUAAUCCACCAUCAAAAAGUACAACAACUAAAUCUACAACAACAACAUCAAAAAAGAAUACGGCAGUUGUUAAAAAUGAAAAAAAUGAGAGUGAUAAUGAUGAAGGCGACGAAGAUGAAGAUGAAAAUGCGUCUGAAGAAGAAGAAGAGGAAGAAGAAAAACCAGCUCCACCAGUUAAAAAUUCACGAAAGAAAAAUUAA